AACUCCAAAAAGAGAAAAGUGGGGGGAGCUCAAAAGCCCACCCGUGACACUGACACGUGGCGCGCAACGCGAGCCUUGAUUUGGGUUCUCCUCUCCUUUAAAUAUCCCUUCCCUCCUCAGUCCUUGUCACUUUCUACAAACUGACUUCCCUCUAAAAUUUUGCUCUGACUUCUCUCUAGAUUUCGCUCUGACUUCUCUCUAGAUUCCUCUUUGCAAUCGUCAUCACUUCCUUCGAGUCAGCUAAGAAUAUCGUCGCAAACAGACAAAGCUUCCAUCCCAGGCGCUCAGACAUCCAGACUCACUUUCCGUCUCCGCCACUCUUUCCCUCUUCUUCGUUGGGCUGGGCGUCAUCCCCUCGCCCCUCUUCAAGGUGUCGACCUCCCGCCGAAGCGCCUCGAUCGCCUCGUCCUGAUCUUCGAUGAUCCUAAACAACUCCUUUUUGUGACUGAGGCGCCUUCCGACCCCCGAAACAUGCCAUCACUUUCCUCACCUUCGUCCAUCUCGGGCGUCUGCCCUCUCAUCCGCCCAGAUUGUUCUUCAGUAAUUUCCUCUCUUUCUUCAUUCAUUGGCGCCUCCUCACUCAUGAUUCCUGGUUAUAUUCCCCUUCCUGGCGCGCCAAUUGUUUGAGCCGCGACACCUCACUCGAAUCCCCGCAAAUUCCCUUCGAUCGGCGUCUGCCUACACACACGAACACGGAGGGGGCGCCUGGGCCCGUUAAUCUUCCGACGCCCAAGUUAGCUUCUUAGAGAGAGAAGUAUGCCAGAGUAAGAGUUUUAGUGAGAGAAUCCAACCUAUGUAAAUGCUACCAACUGCCCCUAUUUAUACUCACCAAGUUCGAGGCUGAUCUCCUCCACGUCAUUGCCUCAUUUAAUGGCUUGUACUUUCUUAGUCAGACAUCCCAACCACCUUGUCAGGCUUCUGCCGUGUGAUAGGCGCCCGCAGGCAGUGGACCACUUGACAGUCUGACCUCCCUUGGCUUUUGCCCUGUACCCUCUUUGUCAGAUAUUCCAACUACCUUGUCAGGCUUCUGCCGCGUGGCAGGCGCCCGCUGGCGAUGGACCACUUGACAGCCUGGCUCCCCUUCUUGGCUUUUAGCGUUUUGUCCUCAUGGGCCCCUCACCUUGCUUGGGCCUAGAAGGGUUUCACAAAUCCAUUCCUGGGCCUUCCCCCCCCCCCCCCCCAAUGCUGUUGUUUGGAGGCCCAGUCCACUGUUUGUUGGGCCUCAAUUGUAGCACCCCCAACAAAAAACAAAUUGAACAAAGAAGAAAGCAUACUUCAGCAUGAGAAUCUCUUCCAGAAUCACCCCCCACCCCUCUGCCAUGCUGAGAUGAACCUGAUGAAACUUGGAGGAUAACCAAUUGUGAAUAUCCACAAAAGCAAACGGCAUUAAAACCAUGAGUUAAACACCAAUUCAUAGCAUCUCUAAGAGCUAAUAAUUCAAGGAGGAAGGGUUCAUCCAAACCUUGAUACUUUUUACCAUAAGCACAGACUAAUGAAGCUCCCGAUGAGAUACCCACAAAACCAAUGCUGCCACAUUCAUUCUUCCUGGUAGCUCCAUCGAACCGCAUCAGCAAGCCACCUAAUGGACUUGAAGGAGGUGGAUGGUGGCAGCAGUACGACGCUGGGUCGGAUGUUGCUGUUGGGGUGAGUUGGUGGCCAACUGCCAUUCCGCCACUUGGGACUGGAAUUGACGAAAAGGAGUUGGAGGGAGGUAUUGGAUAUGGUCAUAGAUUGACCAACAUCACCCCUUCCGUAGCCGCCAGGCAAUGAACACCAUCUCUGCAAUUUGAUCCCUAGAUAAUUGCAUAGAGAAGAAGAGACGAGGCCACAAGAAUUCAGUAGGAAUAAGGCUCAGUUCAUGUCGCAAAUGGCUGUUGCCAGCAAGCAUCCACACCUCCCUUGCAAUCCUGCAAUCAAGAAAACAGUGAGUAAUGGUCUCAUCAGUUGCCGAACAUACAGGACAGGUGCGCGAGGGGCACAAGGACUUAUCUUGGAGUAUUGUACAAAGAGGGAGGAAACCACGAACAACUCUCCACAGGAAGAAUUUCAGUUUCAGAGGGAGAGGCAAGCUCCAAAGGCACUUCCAGAACUUGGAAUUAAGUUGAGGGGGGAGGCUAGCAAACAUAUCAUCUCACUAAGAAGAAAGGAGAUGAUAGCCGGACUUGACAGUGUAUAAACCGGAUUCCGAGUAGUGCCAAAUCAGUUUAUCAGGAAGGGCUUUCUGCAAUUCGCUGGAAUAUUUUUUUUAUACUAACAAUUUUUUAUUUUUGAAAGGACCGGAAAUAAGUUUUUAUUUAUUUAUAAGAGUGAUAUAUGAUUAAAAAAUUCAGACUUAAGACCUUCGAGUUCAAAAUUAGUUGUAUUACCCUCAGACCAACCUCUUGUUUGAUUUUAAACUUUAAUCCAUUUGCAAUUUGGAAAUCCGUUUAUUUUAUAAAUUCAUUAUCUAUAUCUUCAAAAAUAAUAUAGAGCUUUCAAAUUUAACUCCAUCCAAGUAAUUCUUCUGGCAUACGUGAUAUCUAAUUUAUCGUGAAUUCUCCAAACAAUACAAGCUCGAUCAGAUCGUGAAUGUUUCCCAACUCCUCCAAAAUAAUAUUGUUGGGACCCCGAUCGUGAAUGUUUCCCAACUCCUCCAAAAUAAUAUUGUUGGGACCCCUAAGCUAAGGGAAAGUAUAGUUUUGAACAUAUAUACAUGCACUUGUGAAAAUCACGACAAGCAAUUAACCCAUGGUGCUUUACUGUUUUGGAAUUUAUUAGAUAUGGCUUUUGAUUAUCAAACGCGUAAAAAGACAAGAGUUUCCCGAGCAUCCCACCACAUUCACUGAUUCACAUUAUUAUAAGACUCGCUUAAGAUCCGUAAUUUAGGUUCCCGCUUCUUAUAAUUUUCGUAACGUCCAACCAAUUUACGUCUAAGUGUGGCCGAUUAAUUAAUUAAUUAAUUAACUAAACCGUAAGAAUAUUCAAGUGGUUUAAUUGGUUUAGUUUGAUUCUCGACGUUGCACUUGCACUUUUGCUAUUGGUUGAGAUUCAACAUCAACACAACUGAACCGGAUACGAAAAGCUCCAAAAUAUGGGACGCUGCCAAUAUACAAGGUAGCGGCUCUGCCGAGUGCCGGUGGACAACUUUUACAAAAGGAUGGAUUUUGGCAAAACAACAACCGAAGCAAUUGAUGCCGUAUAAACAUGCAAGAGAACACAUAAUAUACCCAAAUAUUGAGAAUAAUACCGCAAAAUUAUAUCCCAAACUUUUGAUAAUUUUGGAGAUAUAGGCUCGAAACUUUCAAAACCCACAAAUAAAAAUCAAAUUCCCAAAUAAUCGGGACGAUAAUGGGCAUGCUGAUAUGAAGCCGGAAAUUUGAAUGAUGUGGUCAAUUGAUCAACGAUCCAACAUGCAUAAUUCACUCAUAUAUGAAGGAAGAUAUCGUGACUGCAACUUUUUAAUAACCGUAUUUGAACCAUCAUUGCUGAAUACGAGAUUUCACCAAUCAAUAAACAAAGACAAACUCCUCUCAUAUUCCUAUCAACUCGGAAAAACAUUGUUGUCUUGAACGUUUUAAUUUGUUCACACAUGAACGUUUUAAAUGAGUUACUUGAACUUAGCGGUCAACUUUAUAUUAGAUCCAUUAUCACCCUAAAGUUUGAGUCAUAUUCAUCAGAAUAUUAUGCACGUAAUUUUAAUAAAAAAUUAGUAUUUCA